AGGAGAAAGCAGGACCGACCCACAGACAGCGCUGGAUCCUGCUCUGUGGGGUCAGUGGGGAGUCCAGGGAGGCAGAGAUUUUUCCUAAAGGGGUAGUAGAUGGAAGAGGAGAGAGCCAAGGCUUGUCCUUGGGAAGAAGGCCUUGCUCUGGCUUGAUCAGAGACUGUUCUGGGGGCAGAGAGCUUCAGGACCCCCUCCUCUCCGAAUCUUCUUCGGUGGUCCGCGGAUGCUCGCCCGCAGCCGAAGGGCGGCGCGGCCCUCGCGGUUCAGCCACUCCCCCCACGCCGAGGCCUAGGAUUUCCCGCCCCCCCCCCCCCCCCGCCGCCAGCGAGCAGCCCCCAGGGCCCCCGCCCUGUGGGGCGGCCCAGGCCCUCCGCACGACCCCUCCCACCUCACCCCAGGACCGCCACGGUCCCCCUCGCCCCCGGUCCCCGACUGGCCCCGAGCCCUCCCGGCCCCCGCCUCCGGCGCAGCCCCCUAGCCACCCCCGCUUCCCUCCCGGCUCAGGCCCCCUCCCCCCGCCGCCCCCGCCCCCGGGGAAGGCAGGCGCCGCGCGGAGCCGGGGCCGAUGCAGCUGAGCCGCGCCGCCGCCGCCGCCGCCGCCGCCCCUGCGGAGCCCUCGGCGCAGCUGUCCCCCGCGCCGGCCCCGGCCCCGGCCCCCCCCGGUCCCCUCCCGCGUAGCGCGGCCGACGGGGCUCCGGCGGGGGGGAAGGGGGGGCCGGGGAGCCGCGCGGAGCCCCCGUGCGCUCCGCUCCCGGCCGCGAGCCUCCCGGGCCCCGGCCGGGGCGCGGGCACGGGCGCGGGGAUGGACGGCCCCGGGGCCAGCGCCGUGGUCGUGCGCGUCGGCAUCCCGGACCUGCAGCAGACGAAGUGCCUGCGCCUGGACCCGGCCGCCCCCGUGUGGGCCGCCAAGCAACGCGUGCUCUGCGCCCUCAACCACAGCCUCCAGGACGCGCUCAACUACGGGCUCUUCCAGCCGCCCUCCCGGGGCCGCGCAGGCAAGUUCCUGGACGAGGAGCGGCUCUUGCAGGAGUACCCGCCCAACCUGGACACGCCCCUGCCCUACCUGGAGUUUCGAUACAAGAGGCGAGUUUAUGCCCAGAACCUCAUCGAUGAUAAGCAGUUUGCAAAGCUUCACACAAAGGCAAACCUGAAGAAGUUCAUGGACUACGUCCAGCUGCACAGCACGGACAAGGUAGCCCGCUUACUGGACAAGGGGCUGGACCCCAAUUUCCACGAUCCUGACUCAGGAGAGUGUCCUCUGAGCCUUGCAGCCCAGCUGGACAACGCCACGGACCUGCUGAAGGUGUUGAGGAAUGGUGGUGCUCACUUGGAUUUCCGCACCCGCGAUGGGCUCACUGCCGUGCACUGUGCCACACGCCAGCGGAAUGCCGCAGCUCUGACGACUCUGCUGGACCUGGGCGCUUCACCUGACUACAAGGACAGCCGCGGCCUGACGCCCUUGUACCACAGUGCCCUGGGGGGCGGGGAUGCCCUCUGCUGCGAGCUGCUCCUUCACGACCAUGCUCAGCUGGGGACCACCGAUGAGAACGGCUGGCAGGAGAUCCAUCAGGCCUGCCGCUUUGGGCACGUGCAGCACCUGGAACACCUGCUGUUCUAUGGAGCUGACAUGGGGGCUCAGAACGCCUCAGGAAACACAGCGCUGCACAUCUGUGCCCUCUAUAACCAGGAAAGCUGUGCUCGAGUCCUACUUUUCCGUGGAGCUAACAAGGAUGUCCGCAAUUACAAUAGCCAGACAGCCUUCCAGGUGGCCAUCAUCGCAGGGAACUUUGAGCUCGCAGAGGUCAUCAAGACCCACAAAGACUCGGAUGUUGUACCAUUCAGGGAAACCCCCAGUUAUGCAAAGCGGCGGCGGUUGGCUGGCCCCAGUGGCCUGGCCUCCCCUCGGCCCCUGCAGCGCUCAGCCAGUGACAUCAACCUGAAGGGUGAGGUGCAGCCGGCAGCUUCUCCUGGACCUUCUCUGCGAAGCCUCCCCCAUCAGCUGCUGCUCCAGCGGCUGCAGGAGGAGAAAGACCGGGAUCGGGAUGGUGACCAAGAGAAUGACAUCGGUGGCCCCACAGCAGGCAGGGGCAGCCAGAGCAAGAUCAGCCCGAGCGGGCCCGGCGGCCCCGGCGGCCCCGGCCCCGCGCCCGGCCCCGGCCCGGCGCCCCCCGCGCCCCCCGCGCCGCCGCCCCGGGGCCCGAAGCGGAAACUUUACAGCGCCGUCCCCGGCCGCAAGUUCAUCGCCGUGAAGGCGCACAGCCCGCAGGGCGAGGGCGAGAUCCCGCUGCACCGCGGCGAGGCCGUGAAGGUGCUCAGCAUUGGGGAGGGCGGUUUCUGGGAGGGGACCGUGAAAGGCCGCACGGGCUGGUUCCCGGCCGACUGCGUGGAGGAGGUGCAGAUGAGACAGUAUGACACACGGCAUGAAACCCGGGAAGACCGGACGAAGCGCCUUUUCCGUCACUACACAGUGGGCUCCUAUGACAGUCUCACUUCACACAGCGAUUACGUCAUUGACGACAAGGUGGCUGUCCUACAGAAACGGGACCAUGAGGGCUUUGGUUUUGUGCUCCGGGGGGCCAAAGCAGAGACCCCCAUCGAGGAGUUUACACCCACGCCGGCCUUCCCUGCGCUCCAGUAUCUUGAGUCGGUGGAUGUGGAGGGUGUGGCCUGGAGGGCCGGGCUGCGCACAGGAGACUUCCUCAUCGAGGUGAACGGGGUGAACGUGGUGAAGGUCGGGCACAAGCAGGUGGUGGCUCUGAUCCGCCAGGGCGGGAACCGCCUCGUCAUGAAGGUUGUGUCUGUGACGAGGAAGCCAGAAGAAGACGGGGCUCGGCGCAGAGCCCCGCCGCCCCCCAAGAGGGCUCCCAGCACCACGCUGACCCUGCGCUCCAAGUCCAUGACGGCUGAACUUGAGGAACUUGAGAAGCUGGAUGAGAUCCUGGCAGCCGCCACGGAGCCCACGCUGAGGCCAGACAUCGCGGACGCUGACUCCAGAGCUGCCACUGUCAAACAGCGGCCCACGAGUCGGAGGAUCACACCUGCUGAGAUCAGUUCUUUAUUUGAGCGCCAGGGCCUUCCAGGCCCAGAGAAGCUGCCCGGCUCCCUGCGGAAGGGGAUUCCACGGACCAAGUCUGUAGGGGAGGAUGAAAAGCUGGCGUCCCUGCUGGAGGGGCGCUUUCCGCGCAGCACGUCCAUGCAAGAUACGGUGCGUGAGGGCCGUGGCAUCCCGCCCCCGCCGCAGACCGCACCGCCGCCCCCACCCGCUCCCUACUACUUCGACUCCGGGCCGCCCCCCGCCUUCUCACCGCCACCCCCUCCGGGCCGCGCCUACGACACAGUGCGCUCCAGCUUCAAGCCCGGCCUGGAGGCGCGCCUGGGCGCUGGGGCCGCGGGCCUGUACGAUUCCGGCGCGCCCCUGGGUCCGCUGCCCUACCCGGAGCGGCAGAAGCGUGCGCGCUCCAUGAUCAUCCUUCAGGACUCGGCGCCGGAGGCGGGCGACACCCCCCGGCCUCCUCCGGCGGCCACCCCACCGGAGCGUCCAAAGCGGCGGCCGCGGCCGCCGGGCCCCGACAGUCCCUACGCCAACCUGGGCGCUUUCAGCGCCAGCAUCUUCGCGCCGUCCAAGCCUCAGCGCCGCAAGAGCCCGCUGGUGAAGCAGCUGCAGGUGGAAGACGCUCAGGAGCGCGCAGCCCUGGCAGUGGGCAGCCCUGGCCCGGGUGGCGGCAGCUUCGCCCGGGAGCCCUCCCCGACGCACCGUGGGCCUCGGCCAAGCGGCCUUGACUACGGCCCCGGGGAAAGCCCCGGCCUCGCGUUCGGGGGCCCAGGCCCGGGCAAGGACCGGCGGCUGGAGGAGCGGCGCCGCUCAACCGUGUUCCUGUCGGUGGGAGCCAUCGAGGGCAGCACACCUAGCACAGACCUGCCCUCCCUGCAGCCCUCCCGCUCCAUCGAUGAGCGCCUGCUGGGGGCUGGCGCCGCCACCACCACCACCGGCCGAGACCUGCUCCUGCCCUCCCCCGUCUCUGCUCUGAAGCCAUUGGUCAGCGGCCCGAGCCUUGGGCCUUCAGGCUCCACCUUCAUCCACCCACUCACCGGCAAACCCCUGGACCCCAGCUCGCCCCUGGCCCUCGCCCUGGCCGCUCGAGAACGUGCUCUGGCCUCCCAGGCGCCCUCCCGGUCCCCCACGCCUGUGCACAGCCCUGACGCUGACCGCCCUGGGCCUCUGUUCGUGGAUGUACAGGCCCGCGACUCUGAGCGAGGGGCGCUGGCCUCCCCAGCCUUCUCCCCAAGAAGCCCCGCCUGGGUUCCUGUGCCUGCUCGGAGGGAGCCGGAGAAAGCACCCCGGGAGGAGCGCAAGUCGCCAGAGGACAAGAAGUCCAUGAUCCUCAGCGUCCUGGACACAUCCCUGCAGCGGCCGGCCGGCCUCAUCGUCGUGCACGCCACCAGCAAUGGGCAGGAGCCCAGCGGGCUGGGGGCUGAAGAGGAGCGCCCGGGCACCCCGGAGCUGGCCCCCGCCCCCGCACAGUCAGCAGUGGUGGCAGAGCCCCUGGCGAGCCCCCGGGCCCAGCCCCCUGGCAGCACAGCUCCGACAGAUCCCGGGCCGGGCCAGGGCAGCUCCGAGGAGGAGCCAGAGCUGGUGUUCGCCGUGAACUUGCCGCCCGCCCAGCUGUCCUCCAGCGAUGAGGAGACCAGGGAGGAGCUGGCCCGCAUUGGGCUGGUGCCGCCUCCCGAAGAGUUUGCCAACGGGGUCCUGCUGGCCACCCCACUUCCUGGCCCAGGUCCCUCACCCACCGUGGUGCCAGGCCCGGCCUCAGGGAAGCCGAGCAGCGAGCCGCCUCCUGCCCCUGAGUCUGCAGCUGACUCAGGGGUGGAGGAGGCUGACACGCGCAGCUCCAGCGACCCCCACCUGGAGACCACAAGCACUAUCUCCACGGUGUCCAGCAUGUCCACCCUGAGCUCGGAGAGUGGGGAGCUCACCGACACCCACACCUCCUUCGCCGAUGGACACACUUUUCUACUCGAGAAGCCACCAGUGCCUCCCAAGCCCAAGCUCAAGUCCCCGCUGGGGAAGGGGCCGGUGACCUUCAGGGACCCGCUGCUGAAGCAGUCCUCGGACAGUGAGCUCAUGGCCCAGCAGCAUGCCGCCUCUGCCGGGCUGGCCUCCGCUGCCGGACCUGCUCGCCCUCGCUACCUCUUCCAGAGAAGGUCCAAGCUGUGGGGGGACCCCGUGGAGAGCCGGGGACUCCCAGGGCCUGAAGAUGACAAACCAACUGUGAUCAGUGAGCUCAGCUCUCGCCUGCAGCAGCUCAACAAAGACACACGCUCCUUGGGGGAAGAGCCGGUUGGUGGCCUGGGCGGCCUGCUGGACCCUGCCAAGAAGUCGCCCAUCGCGGCAGCUCGCCAUUCUCCCGGAUGGAUAACAGCAUACUCUCCAUUUUCCAGACAAUAAAACUAAGGUUCUAAAGAGGUCUAUUGCAGCUGGUAAGUGGUGGUAUCUGUCUGGCCCCAAGCCCCACUCUCUGUUCACUGUACUCUGGGGGCUGUGUCGUUAAGCCCCUUCUGGUGACGGAUGCUGGGUUUCUGUGCGGUAGCCUCUCACACAGAAAUGCGCACCUGUUCACUGGGUAGACUGACACCGUUAUCUAUCAGUCGCGUAUAUCACAAAUAGCACGUGUAUUCUGAAAUCGCUUAUCCUCGAGUCCUCGCAGCGCUACCUCAUCAGCCCAGCUACACGGAGCCAUCCCUCUGCCCUGCCUUCCUAUUCCCACUUCCCUCUGCACCCCCUUCUCUCGUUCACACUUCCUUUGGCCCUCUCUGCUUCCCCUCACCCCUCAGAUCUGGGUGAAACCACAGUCCCCAGUGGCGUGGACCCCACUGCCCACUCUUGGCUUCUGGCCAGAGGCAGGGGGCUGAGCGGAGGAUUCAGUGAGCGUGUGGAGUCGGCCCCUCCGUGUGGCUGGCAGGAGCUGUGGUGCCCGCCAGGGCUGCUGGGCAGCUCUCGUUUGCAGCUCACUGUGGCUGGAACCUAGCACUCCUCUCUCAUUUAGUGCUGAACUGCUAGUGAUACGGUCUCUAAGAGAAACGUUCAAAGUGCGGGAAGUUCUGGUGUCUGGGUGGGGCUGUUUCCUUCCCGGGACCAUUCUUGGCAGAGGCCCCAGAGUAAUUGCCUUGGCCACCUGGAGGGACCUCUGGCUUUUUGCGACAUUGAUCCUAGACUAUUCAUCUGCUCUGUGCUUCUAGCUUCGGGUCUAGCCCUCGUAUAGACAGGACGUCCAUCUUCUCAGAGCCCCACCAUGGUCUUUGAGGCUCACAUCUGUACCCAACUCCACUCGCCUUCGGAUCGGAAUCCCACAUGUCGUCUGAAGUCCAUAGUGUCUCUGAGCACCGCAGAAACACUCAGCUCUGCUGUGGCUUUCAGUUUUACAUCUGUCUGACCCUCACCUCUGGUUUCAUAGAAAAAAGUUCAUGGUGAAAUAGCUGUGGAAAUACAAAGUGAAAGGGGUGUCUUUCCUGCAUCUUCUUAGCCCCUUUGAUGUGCUUUGCGCCAUGGCCUCGAACCUGUUAGGUCUCAGCUUCUCUGGCAGAUCGUUAGUAAGUGUCUUGCAGAAGACACACAUUCCUUAUGAUGGGGUAGAAACCCUGCUCUGGUGACUUUCUGUGGACCCCGUUCUACUAACAUGUUUGGCUGGGAUCUGGAUGCCACCUUGUGUCACCGCAGGUAUCUCACGGCCAGUGGGGCUUCUUCUGAAACCUGGGCUGACACUUGUGGUGUGACGGCCGACGCCAAGAGCACUGGGGCCAGGAUGUGCUUUGUCCUUGCGGGCCACACGAAACCGGGUCACAUGCUUCAGGAGCCCUGAACCAUGCUGGGGGAGCAGGAAGUGCUCACAGAUGAGGGGAUGUAGAGGCAUUUGGAGGGUGUUGAGGUUGGGCGGUGAGAAGGCGAAAGGCUGGAGACGCCCUGAGCGGAGAGUGCGCUUCGAAGCUUAUGAGUCUGUGUCUAGUUUUGCGCUGCUGUUGAGGGUUCUGUCCCUGAGUGGAGCUCCCAGACUGCAAAAGCCCACAAGGCCUAGACCUGCCCUGCAUGAGUGCACUGGCAGAGGCCAGGACCAGAGCUCGGGCUUUUCCUUGUCUGUUGGUGCCAACAGGCCAACAGGCAGUCAAGCCUGGGAGGGACACGUCCCGUUAUUUUUGUUUGCUGACAUUUAGCUUUGUCAGUGAGGAAGUGAGGUGAGAGGUGCUGAGUGAAAAAUGUCUGGACCCUGAGGUGGCCGGGAGGGUGAGGAUAAGGGCCUGGGUUAAUGCUGGGAGCCCUCCAUGAAAAGGAGGAGGAGCUGAGGGUGGCUCCCGGUCCCUGGUGUGGGGAGGACUGGGGGAAGGGAGAGCAUGUUUGGAGGCCCCAGUAGAGGUCUGGAGCUCAGGAGAGCCUGGGCUCACAUGUAGCAUCCUUGGGCACGUCAGCCGUAGCCAAGGGUGGGAGUGGGCUGCCUGGCCCGGGAGAAAGUGUGUGUGCCGAGAGGAGAACCCACAAAACCCAUCUAGGAAGGAAGGGGUCCUGCCACAGCCUGGGUAACUGCAGGGGUGUGGGGCAAGGGGCAAGGGGCGAGGCCAGACCCCAGUGGCUGAGGAAUCACCAGGCAGCAAGACAGUAGCAGAUUCAGACGUGGUGGAAGAGACGUCCGGGGCCACGGAGCCUUGCGGAGCCAUCCGGAGGAGGAUGCUGACGGCAUUCAGGGGUGCCCGGUGAGGUACCGCUCGUUAGGGGGCGGGUGGCCCAGAAGCCCUUUGGGAGGCUGGCGGGUGCUGUGAUGUGGCCACACCGUGGCUGGGGCCCGGCUGGGGCGGCGUCAGUUGAGAGUGGCGAUGGACGGUGACGGCUGUGCCGAAGUGGCGUGGAGGCUUGGCUGUGGACGCUGCUGGGGUUCCCGCUCAGGGGGCGACGUGGUGGUUCCCUGCUCCCCUGGAGGAAGGGAGGAGGGGCAAGCACUUGGGCCAUGGGUACCCUUGGCCACUCCCUGCUGUGUCCUGGGGCCUUGGGAGGCCACAGACUUCCUUAUGCUCUUCUCGUAGGCCUCCUGCCGUGUCCACCAUGCUUUGGGCAUCCUUAGGACUGGCUCUCUCCCCACUUCCCCACCCAGUGGAAUACGGCUCUUCAUUCCCUCACUCAUGGCACCUCCUGGCAUCAGCCGCAUUUUCUCCGGCAGGUGCCCAUCUCCUGGCACCCACCACCUCUCCUCAGGAGGGUCUGCCUGGGUGCUGCUAGAGCCUGCCUCACCCCUCUGACAGGAAGGGGCGCUUCGGCACUGGCCAGAAGGGCGUCCUGGAGCCCGGACCCUGCUCUGGGCUCAGGCCAGGCGUCUCCACUGCACUCCCCAGCACCCGUCCAGUUCUCUCUGCCUUCACAGCUUGGCUGUGGUCCUGCCAACUUGUCAGUAUGCUUCUGUCACACCGGAGACCCUGGGCACACCCACAUGGUUCCACUGAAACUUAACCCUCGGGGUAGGGCUAAGCAGGAUUCCCUCCUGAGACACGAGGUCCUCAGGCCUCGGUCGCUGUGUGAGAGUCGUGGUGGAGCUCUACUGGGACCAUCCCCUCCGCACCUUACCCUGCACUGCAGCCCCCACCCUAGCAUUUCCCUAGCAGUCACCGCCACCUGGGCACCCCCCACCCCCUUGCAACAUCCCCUUGGGUACCCUCCCUCUCUCCUUCACUGCCGACCCACUUUGCCCCAAAGCCCAGGUGGUGCCAGGGAGAUCAGGUGUGGUGGGAGCAGGGAGGGCUUCUUCUGGCUGGUGCCUGUUCCCUGAGCCCACCCCAGGUGUCCUUAGAGCCCCUCGCCAUGGGGGGUAGGGCGGAGGGAGGCCUGGUUUCAGGAGGCUCUGCUGUGGGUCUGAGCACUGGGGGGAGGCAGCGGGGAGAGCGGCUGAGGGGAGAAAGCCGGUGGAAAGUGAUGGAAGCUGGAAACUGGAACUGAGGUCAAGUGGGAGGGACAGACAGAACUGGAUCUUUAGGGAGAGGCUGGUCUUGCCCAGGUGGGAGAUGAAAAGACAAAGCCUGCACGGAGGGGCGGAAGGACGCCAGGGUGCCCUGUGCGGUGCGAGACUGGCACCAGUCAGGAUGGCGCAGAGGUGGAUGGGGGCACGCAGAGGAGGCUCCUCAGCCCGGC